AUGUACAAGGAUAACAGAACGGAAAUACAGUAAGCGCAAGCGGAUGAGCAACCAACACAACACGAACACGAACAACGCAGCUGUGCAAAACAAGAUUCGAACCAUUUGACCUCUUCGAAUCAAUAACAAAUUGAUUCAUCCAAUUUUUUAUUUUUUAUUCGUUCCGUUCGAACUCGCUCGCGCGCAAGGCGGGAAACAGUGUCUUGUCCAGAUUUUUCGUCACGAGAAGAAAAAUCGAUGUCUUGGAAGCAGUGCCGAAAAAAGGGUUCAUUCGGCCUUUUUCUCACCAUAGCGACAAAGCUCACUUUUUGUUGCUUCAGCACAAUUCAUCAAUCAAAUCGUAUCAUCACAUUCGCUCUUUGAUCUACCUUUCUCAACACCUUUUUCUUUUCGUCGACUAUAGCACCGUCAACAACUAUGAAACUCCAACAAUUGUUCUCCUUUCUUUUGACCCUCUCGGGUUUCUCUGGGCACUCUUCCGUACUCGUGCACGCGAAGAAGCACGGGAAUAUUUCUAUUGAGGAAGAAAUCCCCUUCAAUGCUACGCCUCACUCUUCGUCCCAUCCCGAAUGGUAUGAGGAAGGACCUCUUAAUGGGGAGGGGAAAGGGCGCUAUUCUCUGGUAGCGGUCCCAGCCCCUUCUUCGUCAUCUUCGCUUCUUCCUCGAAAUUUGAAGGGGUCCAAGUCGAGCCCCUUCUUCUUCGAGGAUUGCUCCAAUAUUUGUGCUUCGAACGGUGGAGUUGCCACCAAUCACCAUGGUGACUGUUGCAAAGGCGGUGUCAGCUACCUCAAGGUGCUUUUCAGCGCCAGCCAAGUAGAUGUUUCUGGCACGAUCACACUAGACCCAAUCGUGGCAGGGUCGUUCACCAAUGACAACAAUAACUCGCCAUCGUGUACUACCGCCUGGACUUCCAAGGGGAACAAGGCUGGUUCGAUUUUUGGCUCCAAGGGUUCCAAGGCUCAUUCUUCUCAAGCACCCCAUUCUCGAUCCCUUCUGGAUCACCAGGUCGGACCUUCGCGGCAAUCUAAACGUCCCAAGGCAAGCUCUUCUUUCACUUCCCGGACCCCUCAUUCGAGAUCUGAUACUGGCAAUCCCUCGACCUCUGGUCCUUCUAGGUUUAGUUUCAAGGGGAGCAAGGCAGCUUCUCUUCCUUCUCAAACCCGAUAUUCAAAAUCUGACGCCGGCUCUUCUAUAACUCCUCAGCCAUCCAGUAUUUCUUCCAAGUGGAGCAAGGCCGUUUCUUCCCAGUCUUUUCAGAGCCCAUAUUCAGGAACUGGUGGUAGCUCUUCUCAAGCCUCCUACUACAGUUCUAAGGGGACCAAGGACAAUUCUUUCCACCCUUCCCGAUCCCCAUCGCACCGGGGGUCCAAAGGAACGAAGGGAGACAUUUUUCGGGGUUCUGGUUUAAAAAUCGUCGACUGCGAAGACCCAUGCAUCAAAUUUCCCUUCGAAGAUCACACCUGCAGUAGUACAGCACUAUCCAAGACAAAGAAUGGCGUUCAUCCCGGAGAUAACAUCUGUUUUGCGAUGAUCGACUCUACGAACCAGAUAUUGUUCGACGUGAAGAUGCCAAAGAAGAUCACAAUUUGGUUUUCGAGUGGCGACGGAGAAGUCUUAGUGGGGGCAAUCUACACCAGAUGUAGAUUUCCUCUAGUGAAGCCAUACGGUAUUUCCUUUGUCAACGCGUGCACUCCAGGUGGUUUCACGUAUCGUGGUCGGAAAAGCCACGUCAAAAUUGACGAAAGUAUAACUGACCCACACCUUUCCUUUAUCGAUGGAAUCAGCACCAAGUACUUUGGUUCCGUCAAAGCAGUCCUUGCUGAAGAAGAUACAGAAUCAUACACACAAGACUUCAGUAUCGGGUUCGAAACCUGUGGAUGUACCUGUGAGAAAUCCAAUGUAACUUCUCCCAUCUCCGAUCCACCCAGCGUAGACACAAGUCCCAAUCCUUCUUCGGCACCUUCCAAUCGACCCUUGUUGUCGCCCACGAAAAAUCCGAGUCCAACACCUACCAAAAGGCCCUCUUUGUUUCCAACUUCCGAGGUAACUGUCACGCCCAGCACUGAAUCCGAAAGUCCCUCUUUUUCGUUUACCUCUUCAAGCUCCUCCUCAUCGUCUAGCACAAUCAAAGUCCAGCCAGGUAAGUUUCUCUCGCUCAAGGGGAAGAUAAUCGUUAAAAAGACCCCAGUUCUGAACUGUUCGAUGAAUUCUUUUUCUCGUAAUAUUGAUUCAGGACCUGGAUCUCCCCCCACUGCUUCUACAUCGGUCCCUAGUUGUAGUUCAACAUGUGUCCAGUGUUUAUUGGAACGUUGCGUCUUCGCCGGCAGUACAGCUGCUUGUGAUAUCACCGCUAAUGCCCCUGGACUCUCCGACGAUUUCGAAGAAGACAACGCAGAAUUUGCAACGCUAUUUCCAGCUCCCCUUCCCAUUGUUGGCAAAGGCAAGGGCAUAAAGUCAAAGAAGGAUUUUGGAAAAGGUGGACCCGAAAAAUAUGUCAAGAAGACUCCAAAAGAUUCAUAUCGUGGACACAGAAAGGGAGGAAAGGGCAGAAAGGACGGAUACUACUUCUACUAUUCCAGCAGAGCAAAGGGCAGAAAGGGUAAUUCCUAUUUUCAUUAUUCUGGCACGGGAAAGGAUGAAGAGGGCGGAUACUACUUUCAAUAUUCAGGAAACAAUCGCCACCUAGAGCACAUUGAAUACCACCAGUCUCGUAUUGAGUACUUGAAGGAGCUUCUGGAGCACGCCGAAGAGUAGGACCUUCAAUUCGCUGUCUUCUCCACUUUGAAAUCAGUACGAUGACAGUGUAGACGAUCUUCUUCACUUCCACUUAUGAUCUUAUUGCGAACUAUGAUGAAGCGAUUCGCACGGCCUUUUUCUGACGAAGACCGACUCUGUAGAACCGCAGCUCGAAGUUGGUGCGAAAGAAAGUGUUUCAUCUUUAUAUUCUAUUAUUUUCUGUAUAGUUUGUCUGUAAAAGUCGACAAUCUCACAUUAUAACAUAGUAACCUAGUAAAUAUCGUGACAAAGU